AUGCAAACUUUCAAGAACCCAUACCCUAAAUUUGAACACUUACUUCCAGAAUCAGCAGGAUGGAAGCAGCAAAUCACAUACUGGCUUCAAGAAGAUAUGCCUGCUUUUGACUAUGGUGGUUAUGUCGUUGGUGAUAAUAUCCAGUCGGCUACGCUUUACUGCAAGUCAGAUGGUGUAUUGGCAGGUGUUCCAUUUGCCAAAGAGGUCUACAAGCAAUGUGGAUUGGUUGUCGAAUGGCUUAUUGAAGAGGGUACGCAUCUGAAGCCCUCUGAGGUAACUGGAGGUAAGAUCAAGGUGGCUCUUAUUUCGGGUGCUGUGAAAAAUAUUCUUCAAGCAGAGAGAUUGUCUCUUAAUAUCAUUAGCCGAUGCUCUGGAAUUGCUACUCGAUCCUAUUUGACCAUAAAGUUGGCAAGGGACUCUGGUUAUAAUGGUAUUAUUGCAGGAACUAGAAAGACUACUCCUGGUUUAAGGCUUCUCGAAAAGUACUCCAUGCUUGUUGGUGGUAUUGAUACUCAUAGAUACGACCUCUCUUCAAUGAUCAUGUUGAAGGAUAACCAUAUUUGGGCCACAGGAUCCAUUACAAAAGCUGUGGAAAGUGCUAAAAGAGUAGCCGGCUUUAGUUCCAAGAUUGAGGUCGAGGUGCAGAAUGAAGAUGAGGCUAUAGAGGCUAUAGAGGCAGGAGCAGAUAUUAUUAUGCUCGAUAACUUUGAUUACGGAGAAUUACAAACCUCUGCCAAGAGACUAAAGGCUCAAUGGUCUGGUAAGAAGCAAUUCAUGCUUGAAUGUAGCGGAGGAUUGACCUUGCAAAACAUAUCUCACUUCUUAUGUGACGAUAUAGACAUUUACUCUACUUCCUCGGUUCAUCAGGGUUGUGGUAUCAUUGACUUCAGUCUUAAGAUCGACAGACAAUAUUAA